UCCGUGCCUUCAGCUUCUCCUACCAGUACACCCAAGCACAGCGUGAAAAGGACGACAAGCACAGAGGAGCCCAAGGGGCCGCAUGGACAGGGCCUGUUCAUGAUGCCUCCUGCGGGAGUGGGCCUUGGCAGCCUGAAGAGUGAGUUUGUGCCCAGUGCCUCUAUCAAGCAGCGUGGGCAGCAGGCCAUGCCACCUGUUAGCCAAAGUUCCAGCAGCCCAGGAGACCAUGUGUGCCUGCUGGAUUGCAUCGUGGUGGAUCUGCAGGACAUGGACAUCUUUGCUGCAGAGAGACGCCCCAGAGACGGCUCUCAAGCCUCCGGCAGCAGCAGCGGGGACCUGAUCUUCCCUUCCUAUUUCGUGCGGCAGACAGGAGGAAGUCUCUUAACUGAGCCUUGUAGACUGAAAUUGCAGGUGGAGAGGAAUUUGGACAAAGAAAUACGGCACACUGUUGCAGACAUAUCUGUCCAUGGCAGUCUGUCAUCCGUGCACUGCUCCCUGGAUCUGUGUAAAUACAAGCUGAUCCGUGGCUUGCUAGAGAACAACCUGGGGGAGCCCAUAGAAGAGUUCAUGCGACCUUACGACCUGCAGGAUCCAAGGAUUCAUACCGUGCUGAGUGGAGAGGUGUACACGUGCAUGUGCUUCCUUAUCGACAUGGUGAACGUGAGUCUGGAGCUCAAGGACCCCAAAGGAAAAGAAGGCCCUGGCUCCCUAGCCAGAUUUGACUUUAAGAAAUGUAAGCUGCUCUAUGAGAGUUUUUCCAACCAGACCAAGUCCAUUAACUUGGUUUCCCACUCUAUGAUGGCAUUUGACACCCGCUAUUCUGGGCAGAAGCCCAGCCCCGGCAUGACCAAUGUGUUCAACUGUAUCUUUCAGCCCUCCAAGAGCAGCUGCGCCACCCAGGGCUCCAUUCAGAUUGAACUGCAUUUCAGAUCUACAAAGGAUUCCUCCUGUUUCACUGUCGUCCUCAACAACCUCCGAGUGUUUCUCAUAUUUGACUGGCUGCUGUUGGUCCACGACUUCCUGCACACUCCCAGUGAUCUUAAGAAACAAAAUGCCACUCCCGCACGCCACCGCAAUGCCAGCAGCGAAUCUGCUGUCAUUCCCAAAACCGUUAAGAGUGGAGUAGUCACCAAGCGUUCUUCCCUCCCCGUGUCCAAUGAGAGGCACCUGGAAGUCAAGGUCAAUGUAACAGGCACGGAGUUUGUGGUUGUUGAAGAUGUGUCCUGCUUUGAUACCAAUGCCAUUAUUCUUAAAGGCACCACAGUGCUCACCUAUAAGCCCCGCUUUGCCGAUCGCCCCUUUUCAGGAAGUUUGUUUGGCAUUGAGGUGUUUUCUUGCCGACUAGGGAAUGAGCAGGACACAGCACUUUCCAUUGUGGACCCAGUUCAAAUCCAGGUGGAGCUGGUGGGAAACUCUUCUUACCAGAAUAGUUCCGGGCUGAUGGAUGCUUUCAACAGUGAUGAUUUCCCACCCAUCCUAGAGAUUCAAUUACAAGCCCUGGAUAUCAGACUCUCCUAUAACGAUGUUCAGCUGUUUCUUGCUAUUGCAAAAUCCAUCCCAGAGCAAGCUAGUGCUGCAGCCCCGGACACAGCAACCUUGGAGGCAGACUCCGUCAGCACUUGCCUCCCAGGGGCAUCUCGAAUUGGAGAGGAUGUCAGAGAGGGGUCUAAACACACCUUAGAUCCUGUCUUGGAGUUGCAACUGGCUAGACUGCAGGAGCUGGGCUUCAGCAUGGAUGACUGUCGCAAGGCUCUUCUGGUGUGUCAAGGCCAGCUGAAGAAGGCAGCGAGUUGGCUGUUCAAGAAUGCAGAGCCUCUGAAGUCCCUGUCCCUGGCCUCCAGCGGUAGAGACAACCCAGGUGCCAUGUCGGCCCCACGCAUCUCUGGAGUGGAGGUCAAGGCCGAGAGCAUUUGCAUCUGCUUCAUUGAUGACUGCAUGGACUGUGAUGUGCCCCUCGCUGAGUUCACUUUCUCCCGUCUCAAUUUUCUUCAGCACAUAAGAACUAGCCCUGAAGGCUACGCCCACUUCACCCUUUCUGGAGAUUAUUAUAACCGCGCUCUCUCAGGCUGGGAGCCAUUUAUUGAGCCAUGGCCGUGCUCUGUAUCCUGGCAACAACAGGCAGCUAGUCGUCUCCAUCCUCCUCGCCUGAAGCUGGAGGCCAAGGCCAAACCCCGCCUGGAUAUCAACCUCACUUCUGUGCUGAUUGACCAGUAUGUAAGCACCAAGGAGUCGUGGUUGGCGGAUUACUGCAAAGAAGACAAGGGAACAGAGUCAGCCAAGUCAGAAGAGUGGAUGGGCUCCUCAGUGGAUCCACCAUGCUUUGGACAAAGCCUCCCUCUUGUCUACCUUAGAACUAGGAGCACAGCCAGUCUGACUAACCUAGAGCACCAGAUCUAUGCUCGAGAGGUGAAAACCCCCAAGCGCCGGCAGCCAUUUGUCCCCUUUGCUCUGCGGAACCACACGGGAUGCACGCUGUGGUUUGCCACUCUUACUACCACACCCACCAGGGCUGCACUGUCUCACAGUGGGAGUCCUGGGGUGGUUCCAGAAGGGAAUGGAGCAUUUCUCGAUGAUGCCCACAACGUCAGUGAGUGGCGAGAAGUCCUCACGGGUGAAGAGAUUCCUUUUGAAUUUGAAGCCAGAGGAAAGUUAAGACACAGACAUACCCACCAUUUGCAUAUCCAUCAGCUGCAAGUUCGAGUGAACGGCUGGGAGCCAGUGAGCCCAGUGUCUGUGGACAAGGUUGGCACCUUCUUUCGGUAUGCAGCACCAGACAAAAAUUCGUCGUCUUCUACGAUUGGCAGCCCAAGCAGCAGAACAAAUAUCAUACAUCCCCAGGUUUAUUUCUCAUCGCUCCCACCCGUACGGGUGGUGUUUGCCGUCACAAUGGAAGGCAGUGCUCGGAAAGUAAUCACUGUCCGGUCGGCCCUCAUUGUAAAGAACAGACUGGAGACACCAAUGGAAUUACGAUUGGACAGUCCCUCAGCUCCUGACAAGCCGGUGGUGCUUCCUGCUAUCAUGCCUGGGGACUCGUUCGCUGUGCCUCUCCACCUCACUUCCUGGAGACUGCAGGCCCGACCCAAAGGACUGGGUGUGUUUUUCUGCAAGGUUCCCAUUCACUGGACCAACGUCGUGAAGACUGCAGAGGUCAGCAGCAGCAAACGGGAGUGCCAUUCCAUGGACACGGAGAAAAGCCGCUUCUUCAGGUUUUGUGUGGCCAUAAAGAAAGAGAAUUAUCCAGAUUACAUGCCCUCAAACAUAUUUUCCGACAGUGCGAAACAGAUUUUCAGACAGCCAGGGCAUACCAUAUAUCUCCUACCAACAGUGGUCAUCUGCAAUUUGCUGCCUUGUGAGCUUGACUUCUAUGUGAAAGGAAUGCCAAUCAAUGGGACCCUUAAACCCGGCAAAGAGGCAGCCCUCCCCACGGCUGAUACGUCCCAGAAUAUUGAACUGGGGGUGUCGCUGGAGAACUUUCCACUCUGUAAAGAAUUGCUCAUCCCACCUGGGACUCAGAACUACAUGGUCAGAAUGCGACUCUAUGAUGUCAACCGCCGGCAGCUCAACCUCACCAUCCGAAUUGCAUGUCGAGCAGAAGGUUCCUUAAAGAUCUUCAUUUCUGCGCCAUAUUGGCUCAUCAACAAAACAGGGUUACCACUGAUCUUCAGACAGGACAAUGCAAAGACAGACGGUGCAGGCCAGUUUGAGGAGCAUGAGUUGGCCCGGAGCCUGAGCCCUCUCCUGUUCUGCUAUGCUGACAAAGAACAGCCAAACCUCUGCACCAUGAGAAUUGGAAGAGGGAUCCAUCCAGAAGGCAUGCCGGGCUGGUGCCAGGGCUUCUCCCUGGAUGGUGGCAGUGGUGUCCGAGCUUUGAAAGUCAUCCAGCAAGGAAACCGCCCGGGGCUCAUCUACAACAUCGGUAUUGAUGUCAAGAAAGGCCGAGGUCGCUAUAUUGACACUUGUAUGGUCAUCUUUGCCCCCCGUUACCUGUUAGAUAAUAAAUCAUCUCACAAGCUUGCAUUUGCACAAAGGGAAUUUGCCCGGGGACAGGGGACAGCCAACCCCAGUGGCUACAUUUCCACCCUGCCUGGCUCCAGUGUGGUGUUCCACUGGCCUCGCAAUGACUACGAUCAGCUCCUAUGUGUCAGGCUGAUGGACGUUCCCAAUUGCAUUUGGUCGGGAGGCUUUGAAGUCAACAAGAAUAAUUCCUUCCAUAUCAACAUGAGGGACACCCUGGGGAAAUGCUUCUUCCUCCGAGUGGAAAUUACUCUCCGAGGAGCUACUUAUAGGAUUUCCUUUAGUGACACAGACCAGUUACCACCUCCUUUCAGAAUUGACAACUUCUCCAAGGUUCCUGUUGUCUUCACUCAGCAUGGUGUAGCUGAGCCCCGGCUGCGGACUGAAGUGAAGCCCAUGACGUCACUGGAUUAUGCCUGGGAUGAGCCGACCCUCCCACCCUUCAUCACGCUGACCGUUAAGGGGGCAGGUUCCUCCGAGAUCAACUGUAACAUGAACGACUUCCAGAAUAACCGACAGCUGUACUAUGAGAAUUUCAUUUACAUCGCUGCCGCGUACACGUUCUCUGGUUUGCAGGAGGGGAAAGGAAGGCCUGUAGCUUCCCACAAGGCAGUUACCUGUGCAGAACUUGUCUUGGAUGUGUCCCCCAAAACACAGAGAGUCAUCCUAAAAAAGAAGGAACCAGGAAAGCGCUCUCAGCUCUGGAGGAUGACGGGUUCGGGAAUGCUGGCCCACGAGGGCUCUGCAGUUCCUCACAACCCCAACAAGCCCUCAGCAACACGAUCCAUCGAGGGGUCUGCCAUCUUGGAUAUUGCUGGCCUGGCUGCUGUGACAGACAACAGAUAUGAGCCUUUGAUGCUGAGAAAGCCAGACCGCAGGCGCAGCACAACACAGACAUGGAGCUUCCGAGAAGGAAAAUUGACCUGUGGCUUGCAUGGGCUGGUCGUUCAGGCCAAAGGAGGGCUUUCUGGAUUGUUUGAUGGCGCUGAAGUUGUUCUUGGUCCUGACUCAUCUGUUGAGCUGUUGGGACCAGUUCCACCAGAACAACAGUUUGUGAACCAAAAAAUGAGACCUGGUUCUGGAAUGUUGUCCAUCAGAGUCAUCCCCGAUGGACCGACUCGAGCACUGCAGAUAGCAGACUUCUGCCAGCGGAAAAAUGAGCGCUCAUUAUAUGACACGGAAGAACUUCCCGUUACAGAGCAGGAACUUCGGAAACUGAGAAAUCCAGACACACAGCAGGAGCUGGAAGUGCUUGUGCGGUUGGAAGGUGGAAUUGGUGUCUCUUUAAUUAAUAAAGUCCCAGAAGAAUUGGUCUUUGCGAGCCUUACGGGAAUCAACGUCCACUACACCCAGCUGGCAGCUAGUCACAUGCUUGAGCUCAGCAUACAGGAUGUGCAGGUGGAUAACCAGCUCAUUGGUACUACUCAGCCCUUCAUGCUCUAUGUGACACCCCUGAGCAAUGAGAACGAGGUCAUUGAGACAGGCCCUGCUGUGCAGGUCAAUGCCGUGAAGUUCCCCAGUAAGAGCGCGCUGACCAACAUCUACAAGCAUCUCAUGGUCACGGCCCAGAGGUUCACAGUACAAAUCGAGGAGAAACUGCUGCUCAAGCUACUAAGUUUCUUUGGCUAUGACCAGGCAGAAUCAGAGGUGGAAAAAUAUGAUGAAAACCUCCAUGAAAAGACAGUGGAGCAGGGGGGGACCCCAACUCGAUACUACUUUGAGAAUCUCAAGAUCAGCAUCCCCCAAAUCAAGUUGAGUGUGUUCACUUCCAACAAACUGCCCCUGGACCUCAAGGCCCUGAAAAGCACCCUGGGAUUCCCACUCAUUCGGUUUGAAGAUGCUGUGAUCAAUCUGGACCCAUUCACUCGGGUGCACCCCUAUGAGACCAAGGAGUUCAUCAUCAAUGACAUCCUUAAACACUUCCAAGAGGAACUCCUCAGCCAGGCAGCUCGGAUCUUAGGAUCAGUAGACUUCCUCGGCAAUCCCAUGGGUCUCUUAAAUGAUGUUUCUGAAGGGGUCACUGGACUGAUAAAGUAUGGAAAUGUUGGGGGCCUCAUAAGAAACGUUACCCAUGGAGUGUCAAAUUCUGCUGCCAAGUUUGCAGGGACAUUAUCAGAUGGCCUGGGGAAGACAAUGGACAAUCGGCACCAGUCUGAGCGAGAAUACAUCAGGUACCAUGCAGCCACCAGUGGUGAACACCUCGUGGCCGGCAUCCAUGGCCUGGCGCAUGGUAUCAUUGGUGGGUUGACCAGUGUCAUAACGUCAACAGUGGAAGGUGUGAAAACAGAAGGAGGUGUCAGCGGCUUCAUAUCUGGCCUUGGCAAAGGACUCGUGGGCACUGUGACCAAGCCAGUGGCAGGUGCUCUGGACUUUGCAUCUGAAACAGCCCAGGCGGUGAGAGACACAGCCACACUCAGCGGUCCCAGGACCCAAGCCCAGAGGGUUCGGAAACCACGUUGCUGCACUGGCCCACAGGGGCUGCUUCCUCGAUAUUCUGAGAGCCAGGCAGAAGGACAGGAGCAGCUCUUCAAGCUGACAGACAACAUCCAAGAUGAGUUGUGAGUAGGGGCUGGAGAAACAGUCCACUGUGUUGCUUUGUCUGUCUUUGAGUUUGAGAAACUUCCCUGUGACCCAGGAGUUUCAAGCUGAUGUGGCCCUUGGAAGAGGCUGAAGGAUCGCUUGUCCUAAAUGUCCAAUGGGUAUCAAUAGGACUUCUUAUAAACUGCCUUUACUGGAGGGAGUGGCUCUCAGUCUGUUCUGGAGUGGACCUUGCUGUGUCAUUUCUGCAGCAUGACUCUCUGUAGAUAGCUCAAAGAGAGGCCAACGUGUGGAGUAUUAGAGAUGCCUUUCCCAUAAACAAUUAACUUAAACUUUGCUUUCCAGUGUUUGCUAUAGGAUGCUAGCAAAAUGAACCACAAGCAAGUAGCAAACAAUUACUCAUCAAAUGUUCUGGAAAGGCAGUUAUCUUGAUUGUUUUGCCACUCUUUGAGUAACCCAGGCAGGACCUUGUCACAUUUUCAGCCACUGAGAUUAUUCUUAGCUGAUGUGGCAGCCAUGGCAUGCUUUGAUGAUAUUCUGUGGAAAUCCUUAGGAUGUAAAGUGCUCUGUGACUUGACCAGGUAUGAGAGGACUGCAUUUGGGACACAGCAAUGUGCCAGUGUAACUUGGGUCUUGUGAGGCGAGGCGAGGAUAGCAAAGGAGAAUCUGAACACUGUGGUGUGGCUGGCUGCUGGAAGAGCUCAGGGGGAGAUUGGCUCCUGGGAUGGCCUUCAGUGUCAUUGGUGGAGACGGUACCAGAGAGGCUCAGCUCACAUCUCAUACCUUUUUGAAUGGGGACUUAGAAAGUGAAGUCCAGGAUUUAGGAGAUUUCUUGGAUGUGGCCUGCCAUGUGUCAUGGGAGCAUCUCUAGAUAAGACUGUGUAUUUCAUCCCUGGAGCCUGCUCUGCUACCUAACAACAUGCUGUGGGCUGAGCGGCUUCCGUAACAGAAACUUAGAUGUCCAUUUCUGAAGGCUGAGAGGGCUGAGACCAUCCUAUAUACCACACUCUUGAUGGGACUUUGGGCCUCCAACUCAAAGGCCGAGAGAAUCAUUUCUCAGCCAAGCAGGGCAUAGUGUAGACUACUAGAAUGACAGCCAAUGAUGGCUAAGGGUGUUCCAUACGUUGGAGAACCCUCCAAACCCAGAGCAGUGCCUGGGGUUCAAAUCAUUCAAUAAACUCAGCUUGGAGAACUGCAGUUCAACUGGGGAUUUAGGGAUGCUACCAAAGGUUAGGUAUGGGUUGAGGGAUGUAGCUAAGCAAUAGAGUACUUGCCAGCAUACACAGAGUCUUGAGUUCCAUCCCCAGCACUGCAUAAACCAAAGUCACGGCAUUUGUACUCAGGAGGGAGAGUCAGGGGGAUCAUAAGUUCAAAGCCAUGCUCAGCCACCUUUAUGGUCAGUCUGGGCUAUAGGCAUCCCUGUCUCAAAAAGGAGGGUAGGUUAAGUAAAAUUAUAGAUCCUUGUGUGUUCUAUUUUAAAGUCUUUGCUAACCCACCUCUAGUCUAUCCAAACCGGCCCUGGUCCAUUGCAACAAGAUUUAUUUGUAAUAGAAUGACAUAAGACUAGAAAACACAAGGGAAAAAUUGUGUAGUCCAGUCACCAUGGGACUGCUGUCCAUGUGGUACACACACUGGGAAAGGGCCAGGGACCUGAGAUCUGGAGUCAGGAUGAAAUCAGUGAAAUCGAUUUCAUGAAAUGCUUGAAGUUCAUGUGAUCUGGGCACAGUUACUGGCUGAAUGAAUUUUGACUUUGAAGAUGAAAACCCUGUGUCUCCACCCAAGCUGAGGGUGGAACCCGGCCAGUGGGUGGUGAGGGAGGCAUGUGACCUCGGUCUUCCUGGGCAUACAGGAGAGGUCAGCAGAGUCUGUGGCAGACGUGACUCGGAGUGUCCUCACUCAGCAGCCUGUCCCCAGGGCAAUGCGAGUGGUCCAGACAUCUGUCUGCAGGAAGGGGGGUGCUCAAGAGAGGCUCGGGUGCCGACUUCUGCCUGACUUUUCCCCUAGAUUUGUAAUUAAAAACAUGUCUAAGGACCUCAUUAUUUGCAUAUUCCCUCAGAGUUAACCCGUUAAAAGGGUCUUUAAUACCUUGCUCUACUGUUGUAACUAAAUGUUUCCACAUUUUUUUCCAGUUAGACUCCCUGUUUUACUUCUGGAAAAUAUUGUGUAAUUACUUCCUGAUGGCGUGAAAACCCCACAAAGUCCCCAGCCCCACAGCAGCUUCAACUUUGAUCUCCCACAUCAAGUUGCAUUUAGUUUUGUGGGGUUUUUUCCAUUUAAUUAAACAGUAUUGAACAGAUUGUCACUGACAUCCGAUUUGAGGUCUGGCGGGCCUCAUUGCAGGUUCAUCAGCGGUGCCUCUGUGACUCCUUCUCAGCCUUAAUCCAGAACCUGGCUGGAGAUGGUGGUAAAACGCUACUUGUUUUGUACGAUUAGCUUCUCUGAGCAAGGCCUAUUUGGCGGCCAGCAGUCAUGUGUUAGUUAUCUUUCUGUUCUUUUGCUUUUUGUGAAAUUCCUACUUUGAGUCUUUCGUCAAGGCUGCCCAUUCAGAUGGCAAGCCCAAGGGCCACCUCACUUUUCCACAGAAGCCCAGCAGCUGCCACAGCACCAUCCUUGGCUUCUUUCCUCAUUUAGAUAGAAAGUAAUGUUUAGGAAAUUUGUUGUCGCAAAUGCAGAAAAGUAUAUAAAAAGAAAGCAAGACAGGCUUGUAAGCCUCAGGUGUUUCUCUUUAAGGGCUUGUCUCCUAGAGGCAUGGGAGGAGGGACUUUUUCAAGAAGAGAAUCCUGCCCAAGGGAGCAUGCUAAAAUGCCACUUUCUCUUCUGAUGAAGCCAACUCAUUUCCGUGGCUAGUAGACUCAAACAGAAUUCAGAAAACAAAUAAUCGUUAAAAUCCCCUUUCUUAUCUCCCUCCCUUCCCCCUUUCUUUGCUGGGAAUGGAUCCCAGCAUGGCCAGGUGGGUUCUGUGUCUCUCAGCCACAGCUGUAGCUUCAGCUUACACUUUCUAAGCCAGGAACUAAUCCAUCAGGAAUGCUUGACACCUGAGGACCUGUGACAGGUUCCCCAGCUGCUCAGAUAAAAGUUCUGAGGGAAGCAUGGCCCCUGGCACCCCACACCCAGUGUUGAUGUGCAGUUGAAUUCCUCCAGACCUCGUAGUGGCCUCUCAACUGUGGUCUUCUGACCCUUGCCCAAUCCAGUGAGCCUCCCUGUGUGCCAGGCCAAAUACAAAGUUCAUGGUGUUCCUCAGCGAGUUCAUGGUCUAGCAAGUCAGACAGAGCUGUUUGGGAGGAGAGGGAUAUAUAAUAAAGGUGAUACAAUGAGAGAUUUUCACUACUAUUUCACUUGCUACCCACUGCACACAGGGUCUCUGUCCUAAAAGAAGUCUGAGUUGUCAGACUUGGGGCCACUAGUGGUUAGUUUUCCAGAGAGGGCCUCUCUGCCCCCUGUGUCAACAACAGAUCAUGGACAGAUGGAGUGUCCCUCCUCUGUCACCUAUGAGACUCUCCAUCAGCCCCUCUGUGGGCCAGCGGCAGUGAGGAGUGGCCGUAGGUGGAGAGUGGGAAGUCCAAGUCUAGGUGUCAGCAUGCGGUCAGCCAUGGCUCCUGCU